AUGAACAGGUGUGGCGGGGUCAAAGGCAUUACGAGCGGUCAUAUCAGUGCGUUUUCUUCUUCUUUUGUUCUAGUGGCACUACACAACCGUUGUAUAGAAUAUGCCAUGGAAGCUGAGUAUUGGAUGCACCGGGAGCUGUAUCCAAGCGACUGCAAGAUAACUACUGAACUUCACCGCGAACUGCAGGCAAUGAUCCUCCAUGCCUAUACCGAUACUAUCUUUUCAGAAAUAUCAUUAGCUCCUUUUGACACAGAUGAGCUUCAGCGAGCUCUGAAUAUUGUCGAUUAUUUAAACGGUGAUGUCUGUUCAUACAUUGUACUGGGCAUGUUUUUUGAUUCCAAGUUGAGGUAUCCCUCCAUAGCUCGCUUAAUGCGAAUGUUCACUCGAGCUAGGCUUUCUAAUUUUUACGGUGAAAUAGGCACGAGGCUAGGUACAGAUCACAUUUGUGACAAUGACAACUCGAUGGAAAGAAGACCGAUAGUCAAGCUUUUCAACUUCGUCGUCCUUUUUGGCUCUCCGUCCACGCAUGUCAAACAAAUUGACAGCGUCUGGGUUGACCAAUCUGUUAACCGUCCGCGGUGGAAAAUGUUCAUGAAUAGGUUGACGGGCGAGUGGAGUGGACUAGCAAUCUAUUCAACCGUCAUGUUAGCUGUGGACAUCAGCUUCCUCGCAGUGCCAGUGAUCGGUCAACAAACUUCGGCACAAAUCGCAUUAUACAUCUCGUCGCUCUGCUCGGUAGCUUCGCUGGUCGUCUCUGCUCUUCUUGCACAAAGCGGUGGGAACAAAGACAGCAUAAACAGAGCGACGGCAUUCAUGACGCGCAUGACUCAGUCACUUCAUGGCAAAGAGAACCUUGCCAUCAUCUUCAGCUUACCAUAUGCCCUUGUUAUUUGGGGUAUGGUUUUCUUUUUCCUAGCGCUGUCGCUGGUGAUUUUCCUAUCUGCUGAUGUCACAACUUGGUGCACUGUGGGGCCAGCUUGGUUACUCGUGGUCGGGUUUAUCGGCUGGCCAGUGUGGGCAGCUAAAACACCACCGAUUGGACAGUGGAUGUCCUCUUUGUGGAUGGGAAGUGAAAACAUGAAAGCAGUAGAGACUACAAAUGAAGCCUAG